AUGCCCACAAAUGCUUCACGUUCACUUCUAGACGCUUUAAAAGACUUUUUCCGCAGUGAACAAUGUAGAAAUGAUAUUCUCAGCAUUCUGCCGACUGAUAAAUCAGACAUAGCCAAUGUUAUUACGCUGACAUUAAACUAUUGUAAAUUAUUAGAAUAUGAUUUUGAAUUGGGUCGACUUCUCUGGGAUUUGGGUUCGCGUGCUCGUUACUUUUUCGAUAAGCUUACAGAAGCAUUCAAACAAGUCGCUUUAGAAUUAUCUGACUAUUCACUUCCAGAAGAUAUAACAACAAAGAUAAAAAUCAUCAAAUUUGGUAGUAAUCGUUCAGACCUUGUUCGUCACCAAAUUCCAAAUUGUCAAGAUCGUGGACAUUUUAUCUGUUUUCAUGGAACAGUUAUUCGUGUUGGCACGCCGUAUGUCUUCGAUGCGACAAGAUCGUUUGAAUGUGAAGAAUGUGGAGCAAUAGCGACAGUCACAAAAUCGAGCAAUAUGGAAAGGAUUAAAUUAAAACCGACGCGAUGUUCGAAUGAAGACUGUAAAUCAACAAAAUUUAGGUCAAUGAAAGAAACGGAGGACAAAUCAAUAAGUUUAUCGGAUUAUCGAGAAAUCAAAGUUCAAGAAUCAUUACAACGUGUUACAUCAAAUAAUCUACCACGCUCGUUUAGUGUCAUUCUCGAAGAUGAUCUUGUUGAAGCUUGCAAACCAGGAGAUGAUGUGGCCAUCUAUGGCUUUGUUCAAGAUCGUUGGCGACCGGUACAAGUCGGUGGUCGCGGUCAGACCAGUCUAUGCUUAGAAGCGAACAAUGUUGUCGUACUCAAUGAUCAAACUGUUAGUGUAUCUCCACAUGCGCAUGAUGAAUUCGAACAAUACUGGAAAGAUAACUGUCAAACUCCACUCUCAGCUCGAAAUCGUAUAUUAGCCAGUAUUUGUCCUCAACUGUAUGGACUUUAUGUAGUGAAACUAGCCAUUGCGUUGAUCUUAGCUGGUGGAGUUACUAUUUCUGAUGAAAAACGUGGUAUCCGCGUUCGUAGCCAACCGCACUUGCUACUAGUCGGUGAUCCAGGUACUGGAAAGUCAUUUUUUCUUAAAUAUGUUGCUAAAAUGAUGCCACGAGCUGUGUUAACAACUGGCGUUGGCUCAACCAGUGCUGGUUUAACAGCUACAGCUGUUCGAGACGGGCCCGGAUGGAUAUUAGAGGCUGGAGCGCUAGUUCUGGCUGACGAAGGCAUAUGUUGUAUUGAUGAAUUCAAUACGAUGAAAAAUCAAGACAAAGCUUGUAUACUCGAAGCAAUGGAACAGCAAACAAUUAGUUUAGCUAAAGGAGGAAUGUUACGAACAUUACAAACACGUUGUUCUAUCAUCGCAUCAGCAAAUCCUAAAGGUGUUUAUGAUAAUGAAGAUCCAUUAACAAUCAAUACAGCACUUUCAUCACCAUUAUUGAGUCGAUUCGAUUUGAUUUUACUGACACUUGAUACACAAAAUAAAGAGUGGGAUAAUAUUGCUGCAACGUAUAUCACCGAAGGAAUUGAUCUACUUGGUCACGGUACGCUGAAAAAGCCGUGGUCAAUAAUGAAAAUGCGAGAUUAUUUCAUGACGAUCAAAUCUGCUCAGCCAGAGAUGACUGCAGAUGCUGAAACAAUCAUUAAAACUUAUUAUUCGCUAUCCCGUCGGUUGACUGAAAACUCUGAGCGACAUAUAACUGUUCGUCAACUCGAAAGUACUGUCCGUUUAGCGCAAGCUCAUGCGAAAUUAUGUUUUUCGCCACAUGUGACAAUACUCGACGCAGUUGUUGCUGUUCUAUUGAUGGAAGCAAGUUUGAAUGGUUGUGGCAAGUUAAUUGAUAAAAUGAACGCUUUACACACAACAUUCGCAGAACAACCGGAGAAAGAAUACGAGGGACAUGUUCAUCUUGUUCUCGACUGGCUAAAUCUCUCGGAAUUACGUGAUCGAGAACUCGAACGCAUUGCUCAGGAAUAUGAUCAAUCAAAGCCAUGGACUGAAAAUGAUCAGAAUGAAAAACGAACCAUGCCUCGCGAAUUCAAAAGGCCCCAUACGCCACCGGUGUGCCCUACUCAAUCUGCAACAACGAAUAAUGGAUUUAAACUACUUUCAACUCAAAUCGCGCAUCAAGAAAAACGAGAAGAAAUCAAAUGCAAUCAACAUACGGAACAAUAUUCUACCCCACUUACUGUUAAACCUCCUGUGUUUAAUAAUCAUAUAAGUCCAAUUGAUAAAUUAGGGCCCAGUACUCGUGUAAAUACUCAAAUUCUCGUACCGAUCGAUGAAAAUACUUCAUAUGUCGAUGAACAAUCUCAGGCCAAACGUCGCAAACUAGAUAAUCAACCAGAGAAAGAAGUCUGCUUGAGCACAAUCGACGAUAUUGAUGAAGACGAUCUGAAAUUUUGA